AUGCAGCUGAUCAUUGGCGAAGAAUACGAGCUUCAGCUCUCUGACCUCGGCCCCGGUACUACUUAUAUCUCUGGUAUGGCGGGCGUUGAUGCUUCCAAGGAGAGCCGCGCAGGUUCUGGGGAAUGGGUGUCGGGAAUUUGUGUUUCAUUUGGCGGCUCGGAUUGCGGCGAGAGGGGAGUCGGCGGAAUGAGAGGUGAUAUUUGGCUUGGGGGCGGGGGCGGUGACUGGGGUGGUGGUGAUUAUGGUAAUGGCGGCGUUUGUGGUGGUGGGGACUGA